UUAAAAUAAAAUCCAUAUCUAACGCUGAUUACUAUUCAAAGCAAUUUUAUAUAUCCUCCAAAGUGCUUUAAUAUUGAUCACUAUGGACCUUAUGUCCUGGUCGUGCCUGUGCCGCCAGUGGCCACCAGGUGGAGCCCUCUCCUCCUCCCACUCGGGUGUCAGCGCAGGUGCGUCGAGGUGAAACAGCGCGGAGAGCUCGGGUGUUUCCGUCACGGCUCGGCAGCGAACAGCUCUGGAUGUGGGAAUGCGGUUGCAGGCGGUGGGCAUAGCUGGACACUCGGCCGAGAUGUACCUACAGGAGCAGGAGGUCUGUGCGGCUGGCUGUCGUCCAAGUUAACGGGUUGUCUUAGGACGGGAGCCCCGGACAUCUGGGAGUCGCUGGGAACAGGGCAGCUUGGCGUUUCCCCCCGAGUUGUACUGGGGAUUUUCCGCCUUGUAGGGGAGACGGAAUGAGAGAGAAGCCAGGAAGGAUUCCCCAGCACUAUGGAGCCACGCAUUGCAGGCAGCAGCUGUGAAAGGUGACAGUGAAAUUAAAUGCAAAGCUUCUGACCCUCGACUCUGAACCUUUACCUGGUCCUGCUGCACAUAGAGGCGACAGCAUCGACCGCAUUGAGAUUUACAAAUGUUCCACCAGUAAGGUGUGUGAAGCCAACAGCAGCAUCAUGUUCUACGGUUCUUCUUCUGGGGCCAGUAUGUCCCUGCCAUCCAAGAGCCGCCUCAAACGCCAGAGCAGAACCUUCACACAGGUCCUGUACCGUACUCUGAGUUACAGAGACCGCGUUCCAGCAGAAGCUGGAACAAACACCCGAGGAGACCGGCGCACGACCACUGAACCCCCAGAGCGACCGGUGGAUGACCCAGCCGAGCUCUCCACACAGAGCUCGGCCCCUGGGGUGCUGAAGAUUUUUGGAGAUGAAAUCUGUGCCGGUGCCAACUACAAAAGCGUCCUGGCCACUCCACGUUCCAGUGCGCAGGAACUGGUCAAAGAGGCACUCGAGCGUUACUCCCUCAACAAGGACGCUGCGUGACUCGGGGACAAUGAAAAGCCGUUGUUGCUCCAAGAGCUGUGGAAGCCCCGAGAAGGACACGCUCGCAGAUUUGAGCUGCGCAGGAGAGCUGAGGUGGAGGAACUCAAUGCCAAGGAGAAGGACACCAUCACUGCUGAUAUUAAUGCCCAGGCUCGUAAGCUCCAGAGGAACAGGGCGAAGGGGACGCUGACCCUGCCCCGGUCCAGCAACUCAUCCUUCUGCCGCAGCCUCAGUGAAACCAGCCUCAACCAGCUGGGAGUAGGAGAGGAGGCCAAGCGUUAUUACUCCACCCUGCCUGGGCCCGUGAGGGGCUGUGAGCGUGAGGUGGCCUCCAGCGGCCGGAAGAAAGAGGAGGGGAGUCAGGGAGGAGGUGGAGGGGUGAGGCACUCUCUGUACCAGUCCCCUCACCUCCUCUUGCUGCAGGGAUUCAAUCGGCAGGACUGCCUGGUGUAAGAGCAGCACACUGGCGGCCAGGAGACCCCAUCAGCUCGGCCCAACAUCUGUCUGUUUUCUCCUGCCCUCCUGCCCCUCCACUGCCGCCUCCGCCGAGUCCCCGCACCUCGUCGCCACGCCAACAACAGCAACAAGGCAGAAGAGCUGACGGAGAGUCAGCGGUUCUGUGUUGCUGUUGAGCCUGUCCUCCACGCCACAGUUCUGGUGAACUUUUCCCGCUGUGAGCGCUCCACCACUCUGCGACACGGUGACCUCCUCUCCUUCGGAGCUCAUUAUAUCUUUCUGUACAAGGACCCCACGGGCGCUAAACCUCUGCCUGCUCAGACCUUGGCACGUCUUCGCACCCUGGGGCAGCUAUAUGAUGCCGGCAUGGAGGAGGGGGAGGGGGGGACUCAGACUUGUAAGAUGUGCGGUUCUGUGCUGAAGGACAGAGCAGCACAGUUGUCGAGCGCUCCGGCAGUUAGACGCAACUUCAAACCUCACCUGGUGAAACCCCACAGCGGGGGGACGAGAGCAGGAGGACACCUCAGUGUGUCGGGUGGAGAAGGAGGUGGGGUAGGACGAGGAGGAAGUCAGAAAAGGAGGCUGCAGCUGGAGUUUGACCAGGCUCAUGAAGACCAGCUGUUAAACAGGAUUGUAUCUCUAAUAGAACCCGGAGGAGACGACCACAAACUGACGCCGGCCUACCUGUUGUGUCUGUGCAUUCAGCACUCUGCCUCAGCCUUCCCACCUGGGAGUUUUGGAAAACUGCUGCUCAAGAUCGUGCGGCGAAUCCAGACCAUUGCGUGGGAGAAGACAAAGGAGCUGGCUCAGAAGCAAGCUCAGCACCAGGACCCGGCCUCCCUGUCUCUGUUGAGCAUCUCAGACCUGGUCCCAGACCUACAGACCAUCUUCUUCUGGAUGUCCAACUCCAUCGAGAUCCUCUACUUCAUACAGCAAAGAGCACCAGCAUACACACACGGCAUAGAGACACUGCAAGGCUCAAAGGAGUCACUGCUGUCGGCGACCAUAUCAGCCAAUGAGGAGGCAAUGACUAUCCUGGAAGAAGUCAUCAUGUACACUUUCCAGCAAUGUGUCUACUAUGUCACCAAGGCUCUGUAUGUAGUGUUACCAGGUUUGUUGGACUGUAAUCCAUUCCCAGUCGACAGCUCUGAACCCUGCUGGAAAGGAGGCCUCGGGUUUCCUGAACCUGUACGCAGGGUCCUGCAGGUGUUUCAGAGUGCCCAGGAGCUUCUGCAGGGUUACCAGGUUCACCUGGAGAUCCAGGCUCAGAUGUUUGCGUACCUCUUCUUCUUCUCCAACGUAUCGCUGUUUAACCAACUGAUGGACAAAGGUCCAUCUCGGGGUUGGUUCCAGCGGUCCAAGGUGCUGCAGAUUCAAGCCUGUUUGCGGAUGGUCAUGGAGUGGUCGAGCAGGUCCGGUCUGGGACAUCUGGCUGACAAAUUCUUCAGCAAACUGAACAGCAUUGCCUCCAUACUGGCCACACCCCCACAGCAGCUCACACAGCUGAGUUGGCGAACGUUGUCCAGUGAGCACCCGACUCUGAAACCAGUCCAGCUGCACAGAAUUCUUACUCAAUACCAGCUCACAGCAGAGAUAGGCCCUGUUCCAAUAUGGCAGCCCUGCAGUGAGGACGAGGCAUACAUAUACAGGACAGUGGACCUCCUGGAAAGCUUUGAAAACCACCCUCCCAUAGUGCUGCCCAGCGCCGGCUUCAGAGUGGACCUGGACAGCGAGUGUGUUGAAGACAGCAUCUACAGACAGCUGCUCUACAUCCGCCACUACCUGUGGGGGCUACGCACCAAGACACAAACACACACUCCCAGUGUGCACACACACUCCAAUGGAACUAACACAGCUGACUGGCUGGACAUUCAGAGGGACUUGGCGCCUCCGGCCCACAACAGUCCCCGCUCUGGGGGUCCCGGGGACGAGGUGACAGCAGAGACAGGGGAGGAGAGAGGACGGGUCUCAGGCCAGUCGCACACACACAGCCUCAGAAGAAACGGCGCCAUCCACCACCCACGAACAGCUAAUCCAGACCCGUCCUGCCUCUUGACCCCUCCCAAUACCCCGCUGUACCCGGACGGAGGAGGAGGAGGGGGAGGUGGGGGGCACGGGCUGAUCCCCAGCAGUCAGACUAAUGGCUGCACCAGUAGAACUGUGGCAGAAUGUAAAAACGCAAAUGGACUCAUCACCAACGGACUGGAAGGGUGUAUUAGUGGGUGUGAGUUUCCUUUCCCUGUAUCCUCCCCUGGUGCCCCUCCCCUUCCUGAUGACUUGUGUGUGGUGUUUGUAGUGGAACUGGACAAGGGACCCUACGGACUGGGCAUGGGACUGAUAGACGGCCUGCACACUCCUCUCAACGCUCCAGGGAUUUACAUUCGGACUCUGAUCCCCGACGGACCUGCUGCCUCCGACGGCAGGCUGAGGAUCGGAGACCGCAUCCUGGCAGUGAACGGCACCAGUCUGAUAGGCGCAGACUACCAGAGCGCGGUGGAUCUGAUUCGUCUGGGAGGAGGUCGACUACGUUUCCUGGUAGCCAAGUCCGACCCAGAGGUUUCAGAGAAGAUCAGUGCCUCAUCCUGCUGACCAGCUUAGACACGCACAACACGCUACGCAGAACAUGAGAGGUGGGACAGAAAGAUACAGAUGGGUGUGCUAAUGUGUGUACACACACACACACGCUGCAUGAAAUAUCAAUGUGACGCAGAGUCAGCGCAGCACAAAGCCAAGCAAUCAAACUGGAGGUAAUGCUCCAUGACUUCACUCCCCAGCUGGCAGACCUGCUCCCCUCACACUGACUCCUACGGGGUCUGUGUGACAGAGAGAAUCUGUAACCCACCAUGACUUCAAAGGGAUAUGGUGUGAGGAAAGUAGCCUAAUUAAUCAGUGUGUGAGGGGGGCAUGGUCUAACCAGGCAGUAUGCAGUCUGAUGUGGUUUAAAAGCACAGUAGGAUGCAGGGUUUUCAAUUCUCUUCAUUCAGCCCUUGGAGCAUGUGUGCACAUUGGACUUUUACAUCAGUAUUUUAGAAGAAUUUGUUAUAGUAUUCAGACUUUGGGUAGCAUGGUGAACUAGCUCCUCAGCUGUCAGACAAAGGGACUGAAAUGCAUCUUACAAGUUAAAACAGAGUUUCUGAUGCACAACCCUGGUGUAUAUAAAUCUAGACUUUUCUUGUGAAUAUGUGCUGUAUGUAUCUGGUUAAGAGGUGUAAAUAGUUUGUACAUAUUUAACACUUAGUCACAAAGUGAAACUGCAUUUUGGAAACUACUCUUUUUUUCUGAAACAUAUUGGUCAGUAAACCUGAUGGGAAAAUAAGCAGCAGUAUCUCCUGGAAUGAGAGAAAUGUAGUUAGGAGUUGUGUAAUUUUUAUAAAUGUUAAUUUAUUUGAAGUCUGAUCAGAUGUACAGGUUACUUGCUACCAGCAUUGACAUACAUUGUUAGCUGUACUCUUAAAGGGUCACUACACUUAAAUGAUAAAACAUGUUCUGUCUUAUUUUUAGUGUUAUUCGGCCAACUCUUGGGAUCCGUCAGUGGGAUUUCUGCCUUUAAUACAUGAGCAGAAUUUGUGGAGGACAACUGAAACAUUACAUUUAAAAGCAUUCAACAGCAGACUUGUCUCCUGUUACAGUGAAUAAUCUACUGAUUUAACUCUGGUUUUUCUAGGGACUAAUUGGAGAAGAGGAUUCACCGAGGUCUGAAUUAUUCCGAGUAAAAACAAUAUACAAAAACUGUAUUAGGGUGAAGGCAGAAAUCUCAGUGGUAACUUCAAAAACCUUGGGCUACUGUAUGUGUGUGAUUAGAAAACAGAACAUGUUGAUGUCAUUUGACUGGACUGGCCCUCUAAAGAGGUUCCGCUAGAAGAAUGGCUUGAUAGGUCACUUUUUAAAAAGUCCUUAAUUUAAAGUAGAGGUCACUGCAAGAAAAAAAGGCCAUGCUGAGUUUAGAUGCACUGUUGUUUCCCUCACUUGUGUUUUUUCCUUGUCUUAGUCCAACCCGUGUAAUAUGCAAGGAAAACAUGCAAAGGAAAUGAGGAGAGAGGACUCGAGGAAGCACAUUAAUGCCAUGAGACAUUCUUUCCUUCAUCUGAAAUACCCAAACAUCUAUUGAUUUCCAAUAAAGGGGUGUGUCAGUUCAUAAGACAUCCGCACAGGAUGGUCUUGUAUGUCCUUGGUCAUGAGUCCUCUAGCAGCCUCCUCGCUCAUCAGAGCAGAUACUCGCUCAUCAGAGCAGAUACAAGAGUCUUGGAAUGUAGGAAUGAUCUUAUAAGAGACUUGGGGUACAUUUCAAGUUUCUUAUAUGAUCAUUCCUAUGUCCACAGUCGACCUGAAAGUCUAUCCAGUUGACCAAGGACAUUCUAAGUCUCUCAUAUUGGCUCUGAGGAGUGAGGAGGCUGCUGGAAGAACCAUGACCGAGGAUACACAAGACCAGUCAUUUUUUUGUGAAGUGAUAUUCCCCUUUAAAAGAAAUCAGUUGGUGACUGGACACUUCAGAUGAAGGAUAAAAGGACAGGACAUCUCAUGUCGUUAAUGCAUUUCCUCCAGUCCUCUCUCCAUGUUUUCCUCACAUCUUACAUGGGUCGGACCAAGACACAAGGAAAAUACGGUGCUUUAUAAAGAGAUUUGGGAUGUGCCCGAUGUUGCCCUGAGCUUGUCAACCAGAACCCAGAGUUUCAAUUCACAAUAUAAACUAGAAAUGGCAAUGCUGACACCCAGGAUCGACCCAUUUCAAAGCCACCUGAGCCAUCCAGUUUUUAGUGGCAAGGUUCACAACUGUUUCGAAACUAUCACGUGACCGCUGCAGCAAUGUUUUGUCUGCUAGAAGUGCAGUUCAGCUUUUUGCCAGCAGGCGGUGUGGUUGUCUCAAAUGUAUCAAAACAGUUUAAGAUUCAAAAUUGCCAUUUCUAGUUUAAAUGAUGAGAAAAGUGACAAAUGUGCACAGUGAAGAAAAUGGAACAGCAGCAAUUUUGUUUUUACAGAAUAAAUAGACUAACUGAUCAACAGUAAUAAUUUCAGCAGUAAGGUCACAUUUCAGGAUUGUUUUUUUUGUUUUGUACCUGUUAUUUCCAAAUUACUCAGCAAAAAUUGCUCUUUUUUCCAUAAGUUUUGUUUUAUUCUGAACUUUUGAUUCUGAUCACUACUUUGCAGUAAAACUUUAAUUUUGUGCAUUUCAAGGUUUGUAUAACAAUCUCAAGCAUGUCUAUUCCUUUUUGGUCAUUUAUACUGUUAAAAAUAAUUGUGCUAAAUAAUAAAAACUGUUGAAUACUU